AUGCCAACGUCCAAGUUUGACGGAGACUCAAUCCCGACAAGUGCCUUUCAGGUUCCUUCAGGUUCAAGUGGGGCGGAGAUCACGGAGGCAGACACAAGUCAAAGUGUGGAGUGUAACAAUUCUUGUGGAAAAAGCUUUAUGAGUGAGGCACCAAGCGAAACUACCCUACAGCACACAUUUUAUCCACCCGCACCAUCAAAGUGCUUGUCACGAUACGGUAUGGACAGUGUGAGCUCGGAAUUCCAACCAUUGCCCCACUUGUCGAGCAGGAUACUCCAACCCAGUCCGCACAAUUGCUCGCACAGUCCUUUACUCUCGUUGACCGGAAAGAGUUCUACAAUUGCACAGCAGGCCACGCCAAAUAUUUCCUAUCCAUACCAGUACAAUGAACAGUUGGAGGAGUUAAGGGAGGAAAACGGACUUCUGAAAUGCUAUCUACAAGGCAUGGCAGCCAGUCCAUUGGCAGCUGUCGAUCCCAAUCAACCAGCGGCGCCGUUGGAGGACAAAGAUAAACAAAUACAGGAACUCACAAAAACUGUGGACCUGCUCAAGAUUCAGAUCAGUGCCUUUGAAAGGAUAAAUGACAUUCGAGAAGGCCAAGUCUCAAGUCCUGAUAAAGAAAUGAAACAUUUGUCCAUGGUGACCGCUCGGGAAGAUCUCCUUACGUGCUGGCGACGAAAAGUGUUCGAGCUUCUUGUACACAAUAAGCUGCAGAUGGCAGAAUUCGAUCAGGAUAGGCGCGCUUGGGAAGUGAAGCUAGGUGAACAGCGCCAAGAAAAUGAGGCGUUGCAGCAGCAACUGCAAAUUUCCGCUGAAUUGCUCCGAAUCAAGGAAGCUUCUCUGGAGCUAGAGCGCGAUACUCGGAAACGAAUCGCAACUGAAGUGCAGGCCGUGGAUGCACGCAGAAUAGCAGAGCAUAAGCAUGUUCUCGAGACAGUAGAGAAUUGGAUGGAACAUGUCGGUUGUGGGAUGCAGAACAGAUUCGUACAGACUGCCGAAAGAAAGAUGCAUAUGUUGUCAAGCCGGAUUGAAUUCGCUGCUGACAGGCUAGCGGUCGUCAGAAGUAUGCAAAAGCAUAGGCCAGCACCUAUUGACGAUAAACAUAAACAAGACGUGACCAAUUUCUCACAAGGGCAACAGCAAAUCAUAGAAGAAACGGAACCCGAAAUACAGUUGCUUCACGACCGGAUAUCUCAACUCAUUGAGGAGCGUGAUGUCCUCAUGAAGCGGGUUGAUGAAGAUGCAAAAGUGUUUGAAGAGGAGCGGCAAGAAUUAUUACGGAAAGUAGCCGACCUUGAAACAUCUCAAGCAGACAUGUGUGCCCGGCUAAAUCAGAUAACAUUUGAACUUAAAGAAGAACAAGAGAAAUCCAGAGUAAUUUCCACCAACUUGGAGCAAAAAGAAAAGGAAAUUGAAGACAGUAGACAAGAUGUAAGCGCCUUGAGAGACAAACUGUCAAAGCUGAAGGUACAACACGAAAGAGAACUUCGUCGAACAUAUCGGCUUGGAGACGAAGGUGCGAAACUGCUGCGUGCCGAGUUUGAAGUUAUCAGGAAGCAGCAUAUCAGAACCGCCCAGGUCCUGAAAAUAAUGCAAGGCCCGAGACACCAAAACAAAGCCCGUACGGGAAGGUGCGGUGCCUAUGGUGCACUGGAGCCCAUCAUAGAUCGGCCCGAGCAUCGCCCAUGGCACCCGGCGGUAGAGCCACCACUUAUC